AUGCCGGUUUACAAACUCCAUGGCUUUCGCUGGCCGCGGGGCGGCAUACCGAGUAUUCGAGUCUUCAUUGUUCUCAACAACCUCGACGACGCGGCCGCCGAGUAUAUCCAACAAAAGCGGACGUCCAAGCUAAUUUUGGACGCAUUCAAACGCCACGACCCUCAAAUCAUGGAGCAUCUCCCUGGACUGCAACUUAUUGAGCAAUACGAUCCUGACGACAUCAGUGAUCAGGCUGUCAGUCAGCCUUAUGCAUAUGUCGCAGACAGCGUCACCAUCCUUCCGGACAGUGAGAGACCGGCCAAUGGCCUCAGCAAAAGUAUUGAAGCCCCAUUGGACAGCGCUGCUAUCUCCCCGCAAGCCUGGGACGCAUUGGCCGAACUCAGGGACAAGAUCGCCCCAGGCCAGGAGAUUGGCUGGUGGAUUGUUUACAAUGGCGACCCCGAGCGGUGGUAUCCCGGAAUGGAAGAAGACUUGGAAGAAAACAGCUAUUCUGAAAGCGAUGUGACUUCACAGACGGGACAGUCAGAUACUAUGAAACACACUGGUUUACAUCCUAACUACUGCGAAUGCUUCUGUUAUGUGAAGAUUGCCAGCCGCCCAAUGAAAGGCGGUGAGAUCCGGCAAUAUCGGAAUCCCGCAAUCAAGCUCCAGAAACUCCGAUCAAUCGAAAGAUGCGACGCUCUCAACAAUAAUCUCAUCGCAAGGAGUGCCGGCCGAUCGGGAAGCUGUCGGACUCUUGCGGCUUGCUUUGUUAACGGGAUGGUCCUCUCCUUCAUUCUGAUACAGAAUCGCCAAGGCAAGACGCGCUUGGCGAAGUGGUAUGCACCUUACACUGACGAUGAGAAAGUAAAGCUCAAGGGCGAGGUCCACCGCCUCGUCGCCCCCCGAGACCAAAAGUAUCAGUCCAACUUUGUCGAGUUCAAACGCAGCACCAAGAUUGUCUACCGACGGUAUGCGGGUCUCUUCUUCUGCGUCUGCGUGGACGCGAACGACAACGAGCUGGCGUAUCUCGAGGCGAUACACUUUUUCGUCGAAGUCUUAGAUCAGUUCUUUGGGAAUGUGUGUGAACUAGAUCUGGUUUUCAAUUUCUACAAGGUCUAUGCCAUUCUCGACGAGGUCUUUCUUGCUGGUGAAAUUGAGGAGACCAGCAAGCAGGUUGUUCUGACCAGACUCGAGCACCUGGACAAGCUCGAUGGCCGACGAGAGUCAAAGAGAGAUGGAGAUACGAGUCAGUGUCUAACACCCCUAGCCGGUUCCGAAUAUUCCGUACAAAGCAGAGACGGAGGACCCCAGUUUUCGAUUAAGCCCCAAAGGAAUUAUGUGAGCGAUUGGGUGAUUUGGGUUGCAGGUGAGGUGAUGAAUGGCGCAAGGCGCUUUUAUCUUGGCAUGCCGGCACGCGACACACCAAGCCCCGAGGAGUCAUUAUUUUAA